AUGGCGGAUGAGGUGGACUAUGAGAGUGACACGGCAAUGGCCGUAGAGGAGGAAGAGGACAAGCCGCAGCAGGCCAAACGCACGGUUAAAGGACGCGGAUCUGGUUCCGCUGCCAUGGACGCGGCGCGGUACCCAUCCGAGAGCGGCGUGUUUGAGAAGCUCAAGCCCUCGCCUUCCAGUCGGGACCACUCAACGGCUCUGCGCUCCGUGGAGGGAUGGCUACUAUUCGUCACCGGCGUACACGAGGAAGCACAGGAGGAGGACGUAAUGGACGCCUUCGGGGAGGACGCACAAGUCAAGGAUCUGCAUCUGAACUUGGACCGACGCUCAGGCUUCGUCAAGGGCUACGCACUGGUGGAAUUCGAGCACUUUGAGGAUGCCAAGGCGGCCAUGGAACGCUUGGACGGGCAGGAAAUCUUGGGCAGUACGAUUCAUGUGGACUGGGCCUUCCGGAAGGAGGAAGCAGCGAGACGUGGGGGGCGCCGAUCCAAUCGACGAUAGAUGGAUACAUUUGAGAGAAUGGAUACACUGGAGAACA